GGAAAAAGUGGUGAGCCUCCAAUUCCACAAUUCCCAUGCACGUACAAAUAAUCUUUCACAUUCUAUCAUAAGAAAAGAGACUAACAAGUUAAAUUAAAGAAUAUAAUAAGUAAAAGAAUCACUAUCUGAUAAGAAAUGGCAACAAGUGGUAUAAUGAGGAGAUGCAUGGUGCCUUUGUGCACAAUCUAUCUAUCCCUGGCCUCACUUGCCCUCCUCGCAGACGCCGGCAACGACUACUGCGCCGUUGCCCUGAACAAGAAGCUCUGCGAGGAGACUGUGAAGGGGGCCGGGGAUUGGAACCAGGCUAUUACCAAGGCAAUAACAAAUGCCAUUAGCCAGAUUGAAAAGGUGAACCAUGGCCAAGUUAAGUCUACCAUUCAAAAGACCAAGCCCGCCUCCACGGCAAACAGCGUUGAUCGAACGUGCACCGAGGCCUACGCCAGCGCCAAGGACAGGUUGGAGGAGGGCAUGGAACUGGUGAAAAAAGGUGACAAAACGGGAAGUUUGAACUUCAAGCUGUCGGCGGCGUUGACCAGCCUCGAAGAUUGCACCAACGCAUUCCAAGACUUCAACCUCGAAAUCUCCAACAUCAAGGCGCUGAACAACAACGUCGAAAACGCCAUUAGGGUUUGUUUGGCUGUUGAAAGAUCAAACUCCGGCCAUCAUUGAAAAACCAACACACAAAAACUAUAUAUUCAAUGUUGAUUAAAGAUUAUUGAUUCAUAAUUGACAGUUCAUCAUAGACUAAGUCCUUAUUGGUUAUUUUCAUUAUUCCUAUUCUUUUGGUAUUACUGUUAGUGGAAUAAGUCAUGGUUAGUGGAGAGGAUUUUUAGGAUAUCUAAUUUGUUGAAGUUUAUCUCCGUUUGUUUUUAUGUUUAAGAGCUCUAUAAAUAGCUCUACAGAUCAGUGAAUAAAAAUUAGUUCUUCUU